AUGCUCACUCUUGAGGAGGUUGGCCGUGCUAAGAAAGCGGCCCAAAGCUCCUCUGCUGCAUUAGUUGCUCGCUCGUCCAAGGGUCCUCCUGAUGUUCCUGAUAAUUCCUCUUCUAACCACAAUUCUAAUAGUGGAAAGAAGAACCACAAUCGGAGCAAUAAUGGGGGAACAUAUCGCGGCAACAAUCGUAGUCGUGGAGGCGGCAAAGAAGCUACCAGCAGCGAUGGUAAUACAGACCAUGGUGGUCAGCUAGGAGGCGGCAACAGCCGCGGCACUGGGCAGCAGUCUACGGGGCAGAAUCCUCUGCCCUAUUCUCCAUGGACUGGCGGGCAGCAAUGUCCAUGGAUGGCAUCAUGGGGUUCUUGGGCUAUACCAUCGUGUCCAUAUCCUUCAACUUCUUGGUCCCGACCUAAUUAUGAACAACAGCAGCCACCACGAGCGGGUGUUCUUGGCCCUCGACCUCAACAGGCCUACACGACAGCCCCUACUCCUACGGACAUUGAAGCCGCCAUGCAUACUCUUGGGAUUACUCCUCCAGAUGCAAAUCGGUACAUGGACACCAGUGCCACUUCUCACAUGACAUCCACGCAAGGAUUUUCAGAAGGGGAGACUGGUAAUGAGGUGUAA